GCCGCUUGCGCAAGAAACAUUUAAAUCAAAUCCAGAGCAAUUUUGACACUCAGCAGACGCCGAGACACGCACAUCAGUAAAGCCGUACUAACAUGACCGAACCCCCUCCCCAAACUGGCGAUACUCUCAUCUCACAGUAUGGGAUUUUUUAUGCCCGCAAAACAAUAGGUUAUGUAAUCAGACGGGCUUGUUGUCACUCCAGCAUACGAAGUCUCUAGUAAGCGCGCAAACCACGCGAGCUAGCGAAACCCUUCCCCCACCGUCGUCCCUUACUUAAUAGAUGGAACCUGAGGGGUUCGCUGGUCCGCAGGUAGUCCAGCCUUUGACGCCUGAGGCGCUGGCAACAUUCAAUGCUGCGCAAGCCCGCACUGGCGUAAUCUACAUCUCACGAAUACCUCCUGGUAUGCGUCCUGCAAAAGUACGACAUUUAAUGAGUGCCCAUGGUGAAGUGGGGAGGGUUUAUCUCCAACAAGAAGACGCCAAACGUGCAUACCUCCGCCGAAAGUUUACGUCCACCAAAAAGCCGCAUUUCAUUGAAGGCUGGGUGGAGUUCAAAGAUAAAACGGUCGCAAGAUCUGUAGCUGAGAUGCUGAACGCGCAGCCGAUCGGCGGCAAGAAGGGCACUCGUUGGCGAGAUGAUGUGUGGACUAUGAAGUAUCUCCCAAAAUUUAAAUGGAACAUGUUGACUGAGCAAAUAGCACAUGAAGCUGCUAUCCAUACUGCUAAACUGCGCGUCGAGCUUGCGCAGUCGAAGACGGAACAACGCGAUUACCUCAAGAAUGUAGAACUUGCACGAGUAUUGGACAAGCGUAAUGAGAAAAGAAAGGAAAAGGGUUUGGGGCCAGUUGAGCUUAAGCGCCCAGCUGAAAGUAGUAAAGAAGAGGAGCCUCGAAAACGACUGAAGCACACGGAUGAUACCCAGCUUGAUAGUGUACUUGGUAGCAUAUUUUAGUUUAAGAGUUUUAUGCAUCAUUCUAACGUUAA